GGUCGAGUGCUUUUGUAACAACCUCAGUCUGUGGAUGUGAAAACAGAUCAGCUGUUUGUGUCGGCUCGCUCAGAAAACUGUGAAUUAUCAGCGACAGACGAACUUAUUUCAGCCACAGAUCGAAACAACCGAUAAACAUGGUCUGACUGAUCAUAAAAGCUAGCAUCUACGUGGUGAGGAAGAUCCGGGCCUCCAUUACUGAUGGAGAGCAAAAGGAGAAACCCAAUGUUACACCAUGUAGUGCCAGCGCUGAAAAGAGGGCGGGACAUAAGUCGCUAGAAAACACACCAGCGGCUGCUCUGAUGUCGGGGCCUGAGGAAGACGUCAGUGGAGCAGCAGUCAUGGGCGUGUCCUCGGAGAAGGCUCUGCAGUCAUGUGGCUCCUGACGUUAAAGGUCACGCUGGACACUGGGACUGGGAUCAACUCACCUGAAAAUUAUAAUUGGUCAUCUUUGUACAUAUGCAAUGCAAGACAAAGGUUCACUGUUAUGGCCGAUCACUUGUAUGUACAUAACCAUACGCUCACAUACAAAGCUCACCAUCAUUUAUUUUCGAGCGGCCAUGCAGUGAUGAUUCCAGUCAAGUGUCUGUGCUGAACUCAGUGUCGAGAUCCUCAUGACUCGCAUCUUUGCCUUUUUCACAGCAGACAUUUGGGCUCACCACAGCACGAAAACACACAAAUAACCUUAUUGAAGACUGUUCUCUUGAAGGUUUUGCUGGUGUAAUGUAAUGCAGACAUUUUUGUCAUUAAAUCUAUUUGGUUAGUCCUCAUGUUGUCUGUGAGAAAGGCCUACAUUUAUAUACUGCAGUGUUUGAAGGCCGACUCACCAACCUCUCUCCAGGGGCUGAGCAGGCCUGAUGUUGUUGCUGUUGUAUCAAUAAAUGGAUAAAAAGAGUUGCCACUGGGUUGAUGUGUACAUAUUAACUUUCGGAGGGUUGUGGUGAUUGAUAAUUAUAAUAAUCACCAACUACGUGAACCUGUUCCUGUGGGUGUUGUGAUCCAGUAAAUCAAUCUGAGCCUUUUGAUAUGUGAAGAUCAAACUGUAGCCGUUGCCCGUGUGACAUGGCUGCUGGCGGAGGCCAUCUAUUGGACAGAUUCCAAAAGUUUUUGUACAUACCAUUCAUUGACACAUCCACAUUUAUUAACUCAACUCAAAAUACCGGAAUUACCCUUUCAGGUUUGUUGGGAAGCACAAACAGCAAGUUUCAGGAUGAACUUCCCUUUCCCUGGCAAAAAAAGAAAUAGAUACAUCAUAACUUAUCUUAACUGAGGCUGCUCGCAAAUAAAAUCAAGCUUUUUUACGUUUCUUUUAUGUAAACAUCUUGGUUUAACCAUUAAAGUUGCUCGGUAAUCGCAACAGUUCCUGUAAAUUAAAAAUGUUAACAACCAAAAGACAUCUCUACAGUUUUCUAGACUAGAGAAAGGCAACUUUAAACCUAAAUACGUCACUUUAAGUAGUUACUAAAUAUAUGAUAACCUUAAACGUCUACCUUAGUUUGAGCGGUUUAUGAGUUCAUGUUGGCACGGGCGGAAUUAUAUCAUUUUAGAGAGCUUGUUUCCUGACGAACACGGCGCGGGUGUUGCACGUAGUCAGCACUUGCUGUUCCGGGGUUGUACAACACCAAUCUACUCCACUAUGUUACAAAUAAUAGAAUAAUAAAUCAUAAUAGUAAUAAAUAAGGGUUUAGAGCCUCAGUGGAAGUUUGUAGUGAGAGAAGGAAUGUUUGGUUUGCGAAAAGGCCGCCGAAACCCCCGGGUCAUUUUUCUCGUGUAUUUCCGGCGCCCACCGGAUGUUGCCAAGGAAUAUUGAGGCGCUUGUUGAGAACAAAUCUGAAUCAGUAAAACCUGCCGUUGGACGUUAUUGAAGACGUUCGUUAGGAUUUGACUGCAUUUCACGAUAUUGGCUGGAAAAACAACGCGAAGCCCCGACAUAUGAAACUCAAUAGACAGCCUACAUGUUGCCACCCAAUUCUGUACUCGCUGGUUUCCAUCUCAUUGUUCUUGCUGUGCCAUACCACGUCGUGGACCAUGAUGGAUCGAAGAAGAGCCUUGAGUAUUCCAUUUAGUGUUGAAAAGGAUAACAUGAUGGAAAGCCCACUAAAAAUUUCCACGAUCUGUCUUUCAUCAGAGUGUGGGGAGUUAGACAGACAGGUUUCCUGGACAGCAUUUGCAGGAAGUAAACUCAGACAUCCUGAUUCAGAGCAUAAAAAUGGAUCCAGGCUGUUGGAUGACAACACUGCAACUAUGGUGACUCUACAAAUGGCCACGAGGAAACCCUGUCUCGUCCUGACAGAUGUCCUAAAGACAGAUCUGGGCAAGACUUAUAUGGAAAAAAUAAAACCGAGUCAUACCCCAGGAAAUGGAGGACAAAUGUCAAGUACGUGGAAGGAGAGAGAUCGGUGUAAAGAGGAUCCUGGGGUCUGCAGAGAACUGAGGUCCAUUCACGGAGAGGCCAAACAGGACAAGAGAAAUGGCAUAUUCUGUAAACGCAACCAGACGCCCAACUCACCCUCUCAAAGGUCAAGACUCAGGAGAAAGUCACAGAAUAUGGAUUACAAAGAGGACCGAGACGAAAACAAAGAUAUCAAGGAGAUGAUAAUCGGCAAGAGCAACGGAGAAAGCUACAAAUAUGCUGAAGUCGUAGAUUGUGGGUUGUCGGUGAGCUGGGAGCCUGCUGAGAACACGAGAGAUUGUGAUGAGUUUUCCCCAAAGAUCAUCAAGGAGAAGUCGGCUGAACCGGAAAAAGAAGUUCAGCAAAGUGUGAAGAAAAAAAGGAACAAUUCAGGGUCCCUGCACAAUAGCACAGUGAGCCCUAAACGGCGCCGUGAGAGCGUGCUUCGUCUGACUGGAGAAGAUGGAAGAGACAGGGUACCGGCCCGACCUGAAGCUUGUGUGGCAGAAAGUGGAGAAGAGGGAGAUUCUGAAAACGUGGACCGUACCAUUGUACAGUUCACUGUUGGAGGGGAUGAUGGAAGAGAAGUUCUGGUCCCGAUCAUCACUCCUUAUUUGGAGGCUGAGGACACCCAAAGAGAUCGAGAGUCCAGCCAGGACAGCACAACCAAGCCAAGCAGCCCUUCUGACCCAAUUGUGCUGUCCAGUGAUGAUGAGGAGAGCGACAACGUUCCUCCGCACUGCAGACCACCGGUCCACACACUGGUCACUAUGGAAGACACCGUUAUACAGAAGGCUGUGAUCAGACAAGAUGAUUGUGACUUACAGGACAUGCAGGUGCUGCGUGCAGUUGUAGACAAGCUUCCUGUUUCGGUGGCACGUUAUCCCAUCCCCAGUAUCGACCACUCCUGCAUGAGCAUAGCCUUCUCCACCCUACACUGUGGCGGCUACCGAGGGAUAGCAAAUGGCAACAUCAUGAUGGCAGACCAAACAAUCAUCAUCCCUCUGAAAGACUCUACUGACCAGGUGGAGCUGAUGUUAACGUUUGAGCGCACAGCUCUGAGGAGGUACAGUGUCUGGGAGGAGCAGGAAAUGGAGAUGCGUGAGCUUCACUUUAACGGUGACGAGAAUCCUUUCCCUGCUGCUGUCCUCGUGUUUUGUGUGUCAGACACCGCUGCAGCUGAGAUACAGCACAUCCUCAGCAUGCUGUGUGUCGAACAAGAUGGAAACACUAACACUGGCACAGCCAGCCCCUUCAUCCUGCUGACUCUGAGAGACCCUCUAGAAGGAAUGGAGGGCGCUUUAUUACGCUCCCUCCUGGACAUCGACUGUCUGAACAGUCUGACACAUGAACAAUCUCUGGGAUCCCUCGGCUCAGACAGAUUCAGGGGUUGGGAUGAGAUCCAGAAUCCUGUUCUUUGUCUUGAUGAUAGCAUUGAAUUGAUCAGAAAAAUUGGACUUGACUCACACCUGCUGUGUCUGCUGGGCCUCGAGAGCCCCGACCCUGAACCCAACGCAUACAGUUCACACUCUGACACAGAGGAAAACAACAUGCUGCAGAUCUGUCCGGAGGUUGAGCUGCAAAAAGGGACGCCCCCGGAGCCGGAGACAACAUCAGAGGAAGACACAGGGACAGAGGUCAAACCUGAGGAGGAUCAGAAAGAAGAAGACGAACAUCCCUCUGAGAAGAAAAAGGAGGGACCCACCCCUGUAUACACACUGUGCCAUCGUCGUACCAAAGGAUCGUACUCCGUGUCCCACUGUAAACCAGACUCCAGCUGGAUUAAAUAUAAACACCGGGGUCUCCCAAGCAGGUUGAUCCAGUUUCCUCCUCCUCCACUAAAAGGAGGAAUAACUGUUACAAUGGAAGACCUGCAGUGCUUGGACAGCGGGCAGUUCCUCAACGAUGUAAUCAUCGAUUUUUACCUCAAAUACCUCCUCCACAAUGCAUCCGAUGCUGUGGCUGAGCGCUCCCACAUCUUCAGCAGCUUCUUCUACAAGCAGCUGACGCGGAGGGACAACGCCAGCGAAGGCGCCACCAGUGACACCUGUCAGAGGCAGAGGCGGCACCAGCGGGUGAAGACGUGGACACGCCAUGUGGACAUCUUCAAAAAGGACUUCCUGUUUGUCCCUGUCAAUCAGGAGGCUCAUUGGUAUUUAGUCGUCAUUUGCUUUCAUGGGCUGAAUGAGCCUAAAUUCGAGGCCUGGCCUGGUCCAGGCUCGGAGAUGACGAAAAGCCACGACGAGACAGAGAAGCUGCAGGAACAGGACGAGGCUCAGAGCUCGAAAUGUCCAAAUGACACCGAGACAGCACCUCAGGAAAACCCCAGUGACAACGUGGCACCAGAGACAGAAAACACUAAAGAGCAACUUCCCAAGGAUCCACCACCUGGUCCAGUGAGGUGCACAGAGAAAACCUUCCAGAAAAGGGUCGUUUGCAAGAGGCCGUGCAUCCUCAUCAUGGAUUCCCUCAAACCUUCUCUUCACGAGCGAGUCUUCAAACUCUUACGGGAGUACUUGCAGUCAGAGUGGGAGGUCCGUCGUGGCUCAACGAGGGAAUUUAGCCCUGAUCAGAUGAAAGGUUCACACUGUCAAGUUCCCCGUCAAGACAACAGCAGCGACUGUGGCCUUUACCUGCUGCAAUACGUCGAGAGUUUCUUGAAGGACCCCGUGGUUCACUUCGAUCUCCCCCUACGCCUAGAGAGAUGGUUCCCACGACAGCAGGUGCGGCGGAAACGAGACGAAAUCAGAGACCUGGUACUUAACCUUUACAGAUGGCAGAAUCUGGACAGUGACAGAUAGACACAGGAGCAGUUUUGCUGCUCGCUUCAUCGCAUUCCCUGUAGCUAAUACAAAUCACUGCUCAUACUGAGUGACGGACAUUUCAGCGUGAACUGGAGAUAUUCCUUUUAGGUUAGUUCUUGUUGUUAGACACAUUAACUUGAACAACACUUGGAAGCCUUUGACUCUCUGUGGCUCCUGUGACUGAAUAUGAAGGCAGCAGUAAAUUCAAAAUAAACACGUAGCUGUCCAUACAACCUGAAAUACAAAGUCGGUCAUAUCCAGAAAUGCAAAUGUUUGUACACCUCGAGACCUUUUAUUGAUUGUUUUUAUGCUGCAAGAUAUUUUAUAAAAGGCAUUAUUUGUAACAGAUUUUCUAUAUUUUCUAGUUUGUCAUCAGAAUUUUCUAAUUUGUCAUCUUAAACGCAGCCAUGGUAUAUUAUACGUUUCAAUUCAAAUGUUUUCCCCACUGAAGCCUCAGGGACUGGAAUCUGACCCAACACUCGCAUCACUUUCCCUUUGUUGAACUCUUCCGCUCACUCUGUGCCUCACUUAGUCUCAGACAGGACAACUGAGCAUUCACUCAUCUUGUUUUCUGUGUGUCUGAGUGUGUCCCACUCUGUGUUACAAUCUGUGUUACAAUCCAUCAAAGGCCCUGAAAUCACAGUGAGCCUCAUGGUAUCAGCUGAACUUACAGAAAUACCCCAAAGCAAGAAAUUUAUAUAUUAACACAACUGACACAAUUUUACCAGUGUGCAGCUAAUGAUGAAUUUCACCAUCAAUGAAUCUGAUUACUACUGUGUUUUCUUCAGUGAUGUUGUCAAAAUUCCAGUGAUCACACUUUACUAAAGCCCAAGUUAAUGUAAUCAUCUUACCUGUUGAGCCCUAAAUCCAAAGACAUUGUUGUUACUGUCACACAAACUGAAGGGAAGAAGAAAAAAUGAGCUGAAAUUUGAUUGUUUUUUUCAUCAUUUUCCCGUUGAUUAACUAAUUGAUUAAUCAAAAAAUAUAGAAAAAUCGAAAACAGUGUUUGGAAAUGUUUUUGAUCCUGUUGUGGAUUUGGCACCUUUUUUUGACCAAACUUAACGAGUGUAAGUUAAUGGCUGCUUUUAAGUAAACUAAAAAACUAAUAGCUACAGUCUUUACUGUAGAUGUUCUGUACACGUGGGUUAUGUUCAUGCAAACUACCUUAUUUCAUACAUAAAGCAUAUAAGUGAAUGAAUUAUUUUGCUAAAUCGCAUUUUGUCAAACCAAGUUGAGGGGUGCGCAUACACUGGCACGUAACAGUAUUCCGUUAAGGGUAAACACUGCUUAAUUAAGAUCUGUGAUGGCCUGAAAGUUUCAUUUCAACUCCACUGUUCUCGACAGAGAUAAGUUCCGAUCAUGUUUUAGUUUUCUUUUACAAAGUCCUUGAUCUGUCUUUUUUUUAGAUCUUAUUCAUGAAUGUACAGGAGCUGAUUCCAAAAUAUGUUUGGUUUCGAUGCUGUAUUAAACGUUAUAGAAAAAAAAUCA